CCAGAAGGCAGAGAGAGAGAGCGUGUGUACAACUGUGUUAAAGUGCUUUCACCUGGAGUUGAUUUUUCCACUGGAUAUAAGCAGGAAGGAAUUGAAUUCACUCAGCAAGGUAAGCAAUGUCAAAGCUUUUGAUGCUCAUCACACUGCUCCUCAUGCUAUUGGAAGGGGGGAUGUCGGUACGCACUCGGCCUCGCACUAAGAGAGAACUGGCCAGCCCGCUGCACCUGAGGGGGAUCCGGGAUCCCUUAGGCUCUUACUGCCAGGAGAGAGGAGACUGCUGCCCAGGCAGAAAUGACCAGUGUACUGUGCCUUACCUGGACACCAUCUGUUACUGUGACCUGUUCUGCAACCGCACUGUGUCCGACUGCUGUCCCGACUUCUGGAGCCACUGCCUGGGAACAACUCCUCCAUAUCCUCCCAGUUCUUGUGAAAGGAAUGGUCGCAGGUUUCACUCAGGAGCAACUUACAGAGAGAACUGUAAUUUAUGUACAUGUGGUCAGAAUGGGCGUUGGGAAUGUGAGCAUCAUGCCUGUCUGAUAGAAGAUGACAUGAUCCAGGAAAUCAACAGGAGAGGAUAUGGCUGGAGGGCAGCUAACUACAGUCAGUUCUGGGGUAUGACCCUUGACGAAGGUCUGCGGUUCCGUCUGGGCACACAGCGCCCCUCACGGACCAUUAUGAAUAUGAAUGAAAUCCAGAUGAACAUGAAUGGAAACGAUCAUCUGCCAAGUUACUUCAAUGCAGCAGACAAAUGGCCUGGCAAAAUCCACGAGCCCCUGGACCAGGGCAACUGUAAUGCGUCCUGGGCCUUUUCGACCGCAGCUGUUGCAUCAGACCGGAUCUCUAUUCAAUCAAUGGGUCACAUGACCCCUCAGCUUUCGCCUCAGAAUCUGAUUUCCUGUGACACUCGUCACCAGGAUGGCUGUGCUGGUGGCCGCAUAGAUGGAGCUUGGUGGUACCUGAGGCGAAGAGGGGUUGUGACAGAGGAGUGUUACCCCUUCUCUUCACCCCAGCAAACACCUGCUGAGUUUGUCCGUUGUAUGAUGCAGAGUCGAGCAGUGGGCAGAGGAAAGAGGCAGGCCACAGCACACUGUCCUAACAGCCACAGCUACCACAAUGAUAUCUAUCAGUCAACUCCACCGUACAGGCUGUCUUCUAAUGAGAAGGAGAUUAUGAAAGAGAUUAUGGAUAAUGGCCCUGUGCAAGCCAUCAUGGAGGUUCAUGAGGAUUUCUUUGUGUAUAAGAGUGGAAUUUACAGACAUACAGAUGUGAAUUACCACAAAUCGACACAGUACCGCAAACAUGCAGCACACUCCGUCAGGAUAACGGGAUGGGGAGAGGACAGGGACUACAAUGGUAGAACUCACAAGUACUGGAUUGCAGCCAACUCGUGGGGAAUGAACUGGGGUGAAGAUGGCUACUUCCGCAUCGCUCGUGGUGUAAAUGAGUGUGAGAUCGAGGCCUUUGUGAUUGGUGUGUGGGGCAGGGUAAACAUGGAGGACAUGCACAACCAUCAACACCAUCAUGGACGACGCAAGUAGAGCAGUGAAAUCUUCUGCAGUUGGAUCUCUGUGCUCCUCAAUGCUUGAUUUAUACCAUACAAAAAGUCAGUCAGUUCUAUGGCAGGUAUGGGUCUGAUUUCCACCAACCUGAUAAACCCUAGUGCCUUUUAUGUAUGUCAAUACAAGUACCUAUUUACACUAUAUGCGUCAUGGUUACUUUUGUAACCUCCGUUCCCUGAGGGAGGGAACGAGACGUUGUGACGAAUGAAGUGAUAUAAGGGGUCUUCCUUGGGAGCCUCACGUACCUCUGAACUUGAGAAAAGGCCAAUGUGAAAUUGGCAGACAGAAUUUGCAUCUCCCACCCCCGGACAUAGGUAUAAAGGGAAGCGGGCGUGUGUCUGUCAGUCAGGUUUUUGCACUGAGGAGCUGAGAAUAAGGCACGGUCCUUUACAGUGGUCUAGUGCUGUGGCAGGAGGGACACAACGUCUCAUUCCCUCCGACUGGGAGCGGAGGUUACAACAGUAACCAUGACGUUCCCCUUCAAUCACUCACUUGACAUUGUUUUGAAUGAAGUGACACAAGGGGUCCCAUUCAAAAACGGCACGCACUAGUCCGUGUUACGUGAACUGCUGAGACAGGUGCGAACAGGCUGCUGCGUGCUAGAGGCAACUGUAUCAGCUGCACGUAACCCUCCUCAACGCCCUAAAAGAGAUGUCAUAUACAGACCUUAGGUUCCCAGCACCCCUGUGGGGGGAACAGGUGCUACAUGACUUGCAUGGGAGCAAGCCUGGCAGCUGCUGCCUUUUCUCUCUCUAUGUCUCUCACAUAGUGUGUGAAGUGGCUGGGGCUUUCUUAGCGCUAUGAAAUGCGUCGGGGAAGGCGGUCUUUCCCGGUCCUAUUCUUUCAGGGGAAAAGACCCUGCAGAGGCCACAUCCUUCCCAGACUAGUGGAUGUAACAUGUAGCAAAUACACCACGAGGGAUGUGAAGCCAUACGUGGGAGUGGCGCGUGGUAGGUCCUGCCUAAUGAGGGGGGAGCUCUACAAGCAUGGCGACCGGGGGCAGUGGGACUGCCCAAGGGAGAUGCGGGUCCGCCGACAGGGGACCUACCAGCUCCGACCUGAAAAAACACGGGACGAGGCCGACUCAACCCUGAGAUUGUAAAAUCUUGCAAAUGUAUUAGGUGUUGCCCAGCUGCUGCUCCACAGAUGUCUACAAGGGAGGUGCCAUUGGCCAGUGUCCACGAGGAUGCCACACUUCUUAUCGAGUGUGCUCGAACCCACAAGGGGGCGGGCACGGCCUGGGUCUGGUAAACCAGUGAGAUGGCGUCAACAACCCAGCUCUGAACAUCUAAAGCUCUGCGUGUGGUCCAAAUAGAUACGCAAAGCACGUACCGGACACAGCAACGAAAGGGCUGGGACUGCCUCUUCCGGGGCAGCACUUGCAGGUUCACGACCUGGUCCCUGAAGAGGGUCGUAGGAACCUUGGGCAUGUAGCCCGGUCACAGUCUCAGGAUAAUGUGAGUAUGUGCCGGACCGAACUCCAGGCAGGUGUCGCUGACAGAGAACGCUUGCAGGUCCCCAACCCUCUUGAUGGAGGCUAACGCUAUCAGGAGUGCCGUCUUCAGGGAGAGGGCCUUGAGCUCAACUGAAUCAAGCGGCUCGAAGGGGGUCUUUGAAAGCCCGUGAGGACCACUGAGAAAUCCCAGGAGGGGAACAGGCUUGGCCGGGGAGAGAACCUGAUAAUGAAGUCGUGCUUAACCAAGAACUUGUCAUCUACUGUGUCGUGGUGGGCCGCGAUAGCAGCUACGUACACCUUCAAGGUGGAGGGGGACAGCCUUCCAUCCAGCCUCUCCUGCAGGAAUGAAAGCACUGACUGAACUGUGCAUCUCUAAAUGUGUUCGGCUUGGAAAUAACACCAAUUCACGAACAAGCGCCACUUUAGGUCUUAAAGUUGCCUGGUGGAGGGAGCUCUGGCUUGGUUGAUCGUGUCUACGACUGCAGGUGGUAGAUCACAUAGAUCUUCUGCGUCCCGUCCAGGAGUCAGACGUGAAGGUUCCAGAGGUCUGGGCACGGGUGCCAGAGGGUGCCCCAUCCCUGAGAAAGAAGGUCAUUCCUCAGGGGAAUUUUCCAGGGAGAUGCUGUUACGAGGAGCGUAAGAUCUGAGAAUCAGGUCCAGGUGGGCCAGUAAGGAGCCACCAAGGUGACCUCUUCCUCGUCCUCCCUGAUCUUGCAAAGCACCAGUGCAAAGAAGGCUCACUGGGGGAAAUGCGUACUUGUGCAGCCCCCGGGGCCAGCUGUGUGCCAGUGCAUCUGUCCCGAGAGGGGCUUCUAUCAGGGAGUACCAGAGAGGGCAGUGGGAUUUGCCCUGGGAGGCAAAGAGAUCUAUCUGUGCCAUGCCAAAUUGGUCCCAAAUCAACUGGACCACCUGGGGGUGGAGCCUCCACUCUCCACUGGGCGAAGCCUGUCCCAAGGAGCUGGUUUGCGAGUUGUGACAUAUGAUGAGAGCGCACGCAGCAUUGGCAAUUUAUGUACACUACCGUUGCGGGGCUGUCUGAACGGAUCAAGAUGUGCUUGCCCCGAAUUAGCGAGAAACCUCCACAGGGCAAGAGAUACAGCCAGCAACUCUAGGUAGUUGAUAUGCCAACGCAGCCGGGGUCCUGUCCAGGAGCCAGCGGCAGCGCGCCUAUUGCAUACGGCGCCCCAACCCUGUUGAGAUGCGUUUGUGCUGACCAAGACACGUCUGGACACCUGCUGCAGGGGGACUCCGGUCUACAGAAAGCAGAGGCCAGUCCAAGGGUUGAAAGUCUGACGGCAGGAGGGGGUGAUUGUCACACGGUAUGUGCCAUCUCAGGACUCGAGUCUGUAGCCAGCGCUGAAGCUCAUAUGCUUGUCUCAUAUGCAUCAAGCCGAGCGGCACGACCACGGCUGAGGAGCCUCUGGAAUUGUUUUAGAGGAACCGCUGGAGGACGGAGGUUUCCAGUCCAAGCCCACGCUCACGGCAGCCCGGGCAAGCAUGUCGGCUGGACGCUCUCCGAUGCAGCGACAUUGUCAUCAUCCAAUUCCGGGAGCUCAAGGAAGAAUGCUGGAUGGCUUUGAGGCGAGCCGCACACAUCCCGAGCUCUGAUGGAAAUGAGCGAGCAUGUCGGGGGGUGGGUGGUUUGUGGGGAUUUACCUGGUGAAACCGAGCCCGUCGUCAUCCUCAAAUUGCCUUCAUCGCCAGCCAUGGUCAUGUUCUCGCAGUGAGUAUAUGAACCAUCCACGAACGUCAGGCACACAAGGCAGCGUCUGUGGUCGUCGGUCUUGGAGAGAUAUUGACCGCAUCCAAUAACUACACAGAGGCGGAAGGGCAUCUUGAAUGAAGGGCAUCUUAUGAGUGGAAACUCAAACUCUUUUAGAGAAAAUAAACUCUUUCAGGAGGGAAAACACUCUUUUAGCCAGUGAAAGCACUGUCGAAUCGCCCAGUGGCGUGGACUGCACAGCGUGCAAAUAGAGAGAACAGCAGCUGGAAACGCGCUGUAAGAUCCAACAGCAGUGCUUCUUGCCAGUAGAGGUGAGUGGAACAGUGGUGAACUCAGUUUGCUGUUGCACAACUGCUCGGCUCCGAAGAAAAAAUCUGACUGACAGACGCACGCCCGCUUCCCUUUAUACCCGUAUGUCCGGGGCGGGACAUGCAAAUUCUGUCUACCAAUUUCACAUUGGCCUUUUCUCAAGUUCAGAGGUAUCGCGAGGCUCCCAACGAAGACCCCUUGUGUCACUUCAUUCGACACAACGUCGAGUGAGUGACAGAUGGAAAACAUAUUGUGUCUACAGCCCCCUCUGUACAAAUACACACCUCCACUUUGAGGAGAAAUUAGUGGCAAAUAUUUUUAACAUCUGUGGAAACUGCAAAUAUCAGCAGUCUUAUUGGUGGAAUCUUGCUCAUUACACAUCUCGAUUGGACACUUAAUAAAAAUAAAAACAGCCACAGGACUGAAAAGCACUCAGGAUUCAGUAUUCCAAAGAUAAAGUACAUAGGCACACAGGCACUCUGCAUCACAAUUUCAUAAAAUAUCAAUUAUAGUGAUAUUACGAUGUGUCUUAAGCUCUGUUUGGGGGUUUUCCUACUUUUGGGAAGGCAUGUCUUGUAUCAUAGCAUCAGAUUAUUUUGUCAUCACUCAUUUAGGUAGCCAGUAGAAAGCACUCCAUACAUUAAUUGGCUCUAUAACUCUACUCUCUCCUCUCCACCAAUAGCUGGUGUGUGGUGAGCGUACUGGUGCACUAUAUCUGCCGUCACAUCAUCCAGGUGGAUGCUGCACACUGGUGGUGGUUGAGGAGAGUCCCCUAUUCACGUAAAGCGCUUUCAGUGUAGUGUCAGAAAAGCGCUAUAUAAAUGUAACAUUCAUUAAUUCAUUCGUUCAUUUAAGGGAUAGAAGGGUGGUUGCAAGAACACCAGGGGGGAAGAGGAUGGUUUUAGGACCAAUAAUUUAUUCUGAAAAUAUCUUAGAUUAGAUUAAUUAAACAUAUGUCUGCAUUUUAUCAUUCUUUUUAAGCAUUUCUGUAAAGUCAGUCUGUAAAGAACCACUCCAGUCAAAAAUAUUGGACAUUUCAGAUUAUGUUGGCUGUUAUAUAAUCACUUGUAUUUCCAAACAAGUGCCUUGCACUCCUUUUAGAAUCUAAAUUAAGCAAACAAACCACAAUGUUUCAGUAUUUUAAGCAUGUCAUACCAAAUGUUCCCAGUAAUAUGGAAAGAUCUACAAAUAAUGUUACUCUUGUUUAUUCAGGCAAGGCAGUGAGUCUAUACUAUGAUGAUUCCACAACAGAAUAUUAAAAUAAGCUAUAUCUAACAAUAUGAGUUAGAAUUAAAUUAAUCCAAAUGUUGCAUCUGAAGAUAAUACCUUGUCUUUAAGAAAGCUUAAACAUGCUAUUGAUGCACAUACAGUAUAGGCCUAAACUCAACAUCACUUGUGUUUUAUAUUAGCAAAUGUCUGGGGAAAGGUAGGAUCACAUGUAAAGGACUGUGGCUCAAAGGCUUUAUCAUGCUAAACUACCAAAAGGUGGCUUGCCAAUUACAGUUAUGAGUCGCCCUGUAAAUCUUUAAAAUCUACAUUUCUUGAUGGGAGCUUAGCACGACCUAAAAGGUGAAUAUACAAAGGCCAUGAUUUGUUUGUCAUACCGCCACCUGACAUGUGCUAGAUUUAUUUAAAAUGUAAUUCAACAGCUCAACUCAUGUUUCUCAUUGCAACCUUUGGUUGAAAUCAUUAGGGUUAUUUUCUAUUGGGUAUAUUGCACUGGAAUAUAUGUAUAAACAUUUGAAAGUAAAAUACCUCUAAUUCAGUGCAACAUCAAAGAUGACCUUUUCCAAGUCUUAAGCUGUUGUAUACUAUCAACUAAUGAGAUCUGAAUAAAAAAAAUUACUGUAUCCGUUUUAAAUAUUUUAUUGAUUACCAUGACCAGUACUAUUAUUUCUAUUCUGUUUCUACUAUAUUCAUUUAUGUUCAUUUACAAAAGAAAAUUGUUUUUGAUUUGAAAUUUUAAAAUGUUGAAAAUGUAUUCCAUAGUGGCAAAAGUGAACAACAUCUCUCUGUAUGUGGGAUUUGGGUACAAUGCUGAAUAAUUUUUUGUCUUAUAUAAAUCAGAAAAAAAAUGUCAUAUUGCAUGUCAUCAUAGAGCCUUCGCUUCUCAAAUAUUUAUACUGUAUAUGGGGAUUAGUGUGCUUUAACGCAUAUUAUUAGUUUUAGCCAAUUUGUUUCAUGCAUGCAGCAGGUUAUUAUAGAGCAGAGUUCUAAGCAAGUCCCUCUGCUGACUUUGAAAAUGAUAAUGAUGAUAUGUCUAUAAUUCAAAUGCAAUAUAACAGGCAUUUUAUUCAGCAAUACUCCCACAGACAGGAAGACUGUGCUGACUGUUUAGAUGCAUAUUUCAGGAACGGAUGUUGUAUUCUUCCCUCUGGUCAAUCAGUAUUCAGUUAAAUGUUUUCAACCAGUCAUGCAAGAAGUUUUCAUUUAAAUGACACUGUUAUAUACAGGUGAGUGAGUCCAGUAAAUUGACUUAUAUCAUUCAUAGUAAAUGAAAAGUGGCUAAGGGCAAGACUUUACAUUGAGAUUCAUUUAAUAUACAGAACAUUGUUCUGAAUCUUUCUCAUUCAAACUUAUUCUUAUAUCUCCCUACAGUUCUUUCUUCUGUCAUUGUAAUUAUUUUUAUGUUAAAAACAAAGUUUGUAAAUAAUGCAUCUUUGGUUACUACUGUCCAAUUUGUGUUACCAUUAUAUCUCUUGUAUUGUCUAUACACAAUGCACUGUAUUGUUCACAUGUUUGAUGCAAUAAAAGCCCUAC